CUUCAACGCAUUGGCAAACUCAAAUCCAACACCCGCCACAUUUCAGCCGCCUUAACAGCGCGCCACGUAACAAUAAAACAUAUUAAGACCAUUUUAUCCUCAAAACCCAAACGUUCCCUUAAAAUCAAUCAAGGGUAAAAACGUGUUUUCAUUUAACCUUUUCUAAGAUAUUUUCCAACUCCUCAAACUCACUCUAUCCACAUCACCUCUCAUUUCAUUUUCUCUCUCUUCCACCGAAUCUUUUUCUCUCUCCUCGAAUUUCUCCGGCGGAAAUGGCGACGGUGUUCGGAAACCUUAAUCUACAUUCUCCGUCAAAAAUAAUUUCGGAUCACCGGAAGAAUCUCCGGUUUCUCCAUUACGACGUCGUUUUGAGGUUAAGUUUGCCGAAAAGAGAAAAAGAGGUUAGUUUUAGAGGAGAGUUUACCGAGAGACGGAGAUUGAGUUUUUCACGGAAAUCGAACGCUGUGGAAAACUCUAGUGAUGAAGAAAAUGGAAAUGGAAAUGGUGAUGAAGAAGGCGGUAAAGGUGUUAAUGGUGGUGUUGAUGAGGAAGUGUUUGAUUGGGAGACGGCAAUGAGAAGAAGAGUGAAAGAGCUUGAAGAAAUGAGAGAGUUGGAGAAGAAAGCCGAAGAGUUGCAAGGGAGGAUUGGUGAUGAAGAUAGAGACGAUGAUGGUGAUGAAACUGAAGAAGAGAAGAAGAUGCGAGUUAGGAAAGAACUUGAAAAGGUGGCGAAAGAGCAAGCUGAAAGGAGAGCAACUGCUAAGUUGAUGUUCGAGCUUGGUCAAAAGGCUUACGGUAGGGGCAUGUACAACCGAGCUGUUGAGUUUUUUGAAGGUGCUCUGACAAUCAUCUCCCGACCUACACUUUUUGGUGGCGAGAUACAAAUAUGGUUGGCUAUGGCUUAUGAGGCCGAUAACCGGCAUGCAGAUUGCAUUGCUCUUUAUCAGCAAUUAGAGAAAGGGCAUCCCAGUAUCAGCAUCCGCCGACAAGCUGCAGAGCUUCGUUACAUCUUGCAAGCUCCAAAAAUAAAGAUAACCCAGGAAGAGAUGGUGACAAUCCCGUUAAUUGGUUCUGCUUAUGACAGUUAUGCAUCAUCUUGGACAGACAAAAGCAAAAACAAGGAACAAGUCAUUGGUGCUUCACCAAGCCCCUUCCCAUCAUCCUCCAGAGACUAUAUGGGGGACUUUCUCAAGUGGAAUACUGUUGGCUUGGAAAAUAAUCGUGUUUUUUGGGCAGCAGUAACAUUAUGGUUUGGCUUGGUUGGAGCCGCGAUCUUUCUUCACAAGUAGUUAAAUAUACCUCCUUCCUGAUCCCAAUAUCUACGAUAGCCCCUCCCAUUCUUGAUCCCUGCAGGUCUUUUAAUAGUGUAAAUAUAUAAAUUAUAUAUGCAGCAUUUAUUAAGAAUUGUAUAAUAUUAUUUAGAGCAGAGUCAGCUUUGCAUUCUUUCUGUGAUUGGGUUUUAAUUUGAUCAGGCUUCUAAAUCUUCUACCAGUUACUCUGGUUCGUCAUCACACGAGA